CCAGGAUCCUACAUGCUGGUGAACUCCUCCCAGCAUGCCGUGGGUCAUCGUGCUCAGCUGAUGCUGCAGACGCUGAGUGAAAAUGACACGCACUGCGUCCAGUUCAGCUACUUCCUGUACAGCCGCGAUGGCCACAGUCCAGGGGGCCUGCGGGCGUAUGUCCGAGUGAACGGGGGUCCGCUCGGCAGUUCGGUGUGGAACACGUCGGGGUCUCACGCUAAGCAGUGGCACCAGGUGGAGCUGGCUGUCAGCACCUUCUGGCCGAAUGAAUACCAGGUACUGAUUGAGGCAACCGUUUCCAGAGAGCGGCGAGGCUACAUUGCCAUAGAUGACAUCAUGGUGCUCAACUACCCCUGCUAUAAGGCGCCGCACUUCUCCAGGCUAGGAGAUGAGGAGGUCAAUGCUGGGCAAAACGCUACUUUCCAGUGUGUUGCUUCUGGAAGAGCAGCUGAGGCUGAGAAGUUCCUGCUGGAGAGACACAAUGGGGACAUUUUAACAACAGCAUCAGUCAAGCACCUGAGUCACCGGCGCUUUGUGGUAUCCUUCCAGCUAGACAACGUCCAGCAAACGGAUCAAGACCUUUACCGCUGCGUCACCCAGUCUCCCAGGGGCUCUGGGGUGUCAAACUUUGCUGAACUUGUUGUUAAAGUACCUCCAUCCCCCAUUGCGCCACCCCAGCUGCUGCGAGCCGGCUCCACUUACCUAAUCAUCCAGCUCAACACCAACUCUAUCCUGGGAGAUGGCCCCAUUAUCAGGAAGGAGAUUGAGUACCGCGCCAGCCAGUCUCCAUGGUCAGAGGUGCACGGAGUCAACAUGGUCACCUAUAAGCUGUGGCACCUGGAGCCAGACACAGAGUAUCACAUCAGUGUGCUGCUGACUCGGCCCGGGGAGGGAGGGACCGGCCCCCCAGGACCGCCUCUUGUGAGCAGGACCAAAUGUGCAGAGCCUAUGCGUGCACUUCGGGGCCUCACGGCCGCAGAUAUGCAGUCCAGGCAGUUGUCCCUGCAGUGGGAGAAUUUGGCGUUCAACCUGACACGCUGCCACACAUACUCAGUGUCCCUGUGCUACCGCUACACCACGGCGGGGGGUGGAGGGGGCCACAACACCACGGUGCGCGAGUGCUUGGCAGUGGAACACAAUGCCUCUCGCUUCACGCUGCGUGAUCUGCCACCCUACCACGGCAUCCAUGUCCGUCUGUCACUGGCCAACCCAGAGGGGAAGAAAGAGGGCAGAGAGGUCACCUUCCAGACCGAGGAGGACAUUCCCGGAGGAAUCGCGCCAGAGUCGCUCACCUUCACCCCGCUGGAUGACAUGAUCUUCCUAAAGUGGGAGGAGCCUGUGGAGCCCAAUGGCCUUAUAACACAAUAUGAGAUAAGUUACCAGAGCAUCGAAUCGUCUGAUCCUGGCAUCAACGUCCCGGGACCCAGAAGAACUGUGUCCAAGAUGAAGAAUGAGACCUACCACAUGUUCUCCAACCUCCACCCGGGAACCACUUACCUAAUUUCAGUUCGAGGCCGCACAAUCAAGGGCUUUGGGCAGACCGCCCUCACUGAAAUCACCACCAAUAUCUCAGCUCCCACGUUUGACUACGGAGACAUGCCGUCACCCCUGAGUGAGACAGAGAGCACCAUUACUGUCCUGCUGCGCCCAGCCCAAGGCAGAGGGGCCCCUGUCAGCACAUACCAGGUGGUUGUUGAAGAGGAAAUGGUGAAGAAAGUAAAGAGGGAGCUGGGGCUUCAGGAGUGUUUUCCACUGCCGAUGUCCCAUGGGGAGGCGCAGGCCCGAGGCACUCCUCACUACUACACAGCCGAGCUGCCGCCCAGCAGCAUCCCAGAGGCCAGUCCCUUCACUGUGGGCGACAAUCACACCUACAACGGCUACUGGAACAGUCCUUUGGACCCCCGCAAGAGCUACCUUGUCUACUUCCAGGCUAUGAGCAACUUCAGAGGGGAAUCAAGAAUAAACUGCAUCCGCAUCGCUCGCAAAGCAGCCUGCAAGGAUCACCGCAAAGCUCUGGAGGUGUCCCAGCACUCGGAGGAGAUGGGUCUGAUUCUCGGGGUGUGCGCUGGAGGCCUGGUGGUGCUCAUCCUUCUGCUGGGUGCCGUUAUUAUCAUCAUUAAGAAAGGGAGGGACUACUACUCUUACUAUCCGAAACCAGUGAACAUGAAUAAGACACCCAUUACCUACCGGCAGGAGAAGAGCCAUAUGGGCUCCAUGGAGCGCAGUUUCACAGACCAGAGCACUCUGCAGGAGGAUGAAAGGCUGGCCCUUUCCUUCAUGGAUGCGCACACCUGCGGCACACGCAGUGACGUCCGUAGUUCAGUGAACGAGGCCAGCAGCCUACUGGGGGGCUCCCCGAGGCACCAGUGUGGACGUAAAGGCUCCCCAUACCACACAGGGCAGCUCCACCCCGCCGUCAGAGUGGCUGACCUUCUGCAGCACAUCAACCAGAUGAAGACUGCCGAGGGCUAUGGCUUUAAACAGGAGUAUGAGAGCUUCUUUGAUGGAUGGGACUGCACAAAGAAGAAGGACAAAACCAAAGGGAGGCAUGACACACUGUCAGGAUAUGACCGCCACAGAGUCAAGCUUCACCCUCUCCUGGGAGACCCCAACUCAGACUACAUUAACGCUAACUACAUUGAUAUUCGGAUUAACAGGGAAGGCUACCAUCGAUCCAAUCACUUCAUCGCCACUCAGGGACCCAAGCAGGAGACUCUCUAUGAUUUUUGGCGGAUGGUGUGGCAGGAAAAUUGUUUCAGCAUCGUCAUGAUCACUAAGCUGGUGGAGGUUGGCAGGAAGACUGAGAAGAUGGUGUGGGACCCAAAGGCAGUGGGUGACCUUAGGCCGGUGGUUAUCCACAAUGAACCCAUAGCUCAGACCUUGGUUGUACCAGGGUGA